CGAUUCUUAAAUGAUUAUAGAGUAGUUCGCCUAAUACUGUACUAAGUUACCCUCUCCAAAGCAGUUCGCAUUCAAUAUGGCGGGGACUCUAGAAGUUAGUUAGGUGCGUUCAGAGACUGUCGAAGAGGAGAUACGUUUGUUGAGAUGGAGAAAAUGGAUUGAAUGGCUUUCGGCGUCCACAAAUUUUCUUCUUAAGUUAUAUACCACUCAAUCUCCAUGGUUUUAAAAAUUCCAACAACGCAUUUGAUUACCCAUCUGGUUUUGCAUAAGACAGUAAGGUUUGAUAGUUUAAUGACAAGGUGCCCGCUAUAAUUAGGAGGGUUUCAUAUUUAACAAGAAUGAUUGAAACCUGCCAUAUUUAAGGAGAAUAUUUAUGUACUAACUAAUCUUGGAGCAACUGGAAUACAAAAGUGAGUAUAUUCUGUCUGAUUGUCUUCACACAGUAAGGCAGCUGAGAUGGGCAUUAAAGCAAGCACAGUGCUUAUAUUCCUUCUCCUCUUCCAUGACUUCCUCUGCAUCUCUGCAAAAGGAGGAAAACAUUCUUUUGUGAAAGAAGCCAAGAAGAGCGGGAAAUGGACGAAGUUGAAGUACGAUUAUAUAAUUGUCGGGGGAGGCACGGCAGGGUGUAGUCUGGCUGCCACUCUGUCUCAGAAUAUGUCUGUUCUUCUCUUGGAAAGAGGUGGAUCUCCAUUUGGUAACGAAAACAUAACGCAGAUUCAAAAUUUUCAUACAAAUUUGCUGGACUAUGAAUCGCCCCACUCGCCCACCCAGGAAGUUAUUUUUGAGGAUGGGGUGAUAAGUGCAAGAGCAAGAGUGUUGGGAGGAGCCACCUGUCUCAAUGCAGGAUUCUACACCCGAGCGAGUCCAAGUGAGGUGAGAGCCAUGGGACUAGAGGCACCCCUGGUAGAGCAGUCUUAUCGUUGGGUGGAAAGUAUGGUAGCCCAUCGGCCGCUCCCAAACGAAUGGCAGGUUUCAGUGGCGAAAGGUCUCACGGAGGCAGGCGUUUCUCCUUACAAUGGCUUCACAUAUGAUCACAUCCCCGGCACCAAGCUUGGUGGGACACUAUUUAAUAGCACCGGACAUCGCUCUACAGCUGCUGAUAUUCUUGUCCAAUCUGCCAAUCCAAGAAAACUUAAAGUUCUGUUGUAUGCAACAGUUCAACGCCUUCUUUUUGCUACCGAAGGAAAAACGAGGCCAAAAGCGAAUGGGGUUGUUUUCAGCAAUAGAGAUGGGUCUAAGCAUCGAGUCCUUUUGAAGGAAGGUAACAGUGAGGUCAUAAUCUCUGCAGGGGCUCUGGGGAGCCCACAGCUGCUUAUGCUGAGCGGAAUUGGGCCUGCAGAAGAAUUGAAGUCGAUGGGAAUACGAGUGAUAAUGGACCAUCCUGCAGUGGGGAAGGGCAUGGCUGAUAAUCCCUUGAAUUCAGUUUUCGUUCCCACUGCAAUUCCAAUCAGUAUGUCUCUCAUUCAGGUAGUGGGUAUCACCAAAUAUGGAACCUACAUAGAGGCAUCCAGUGGGUUUGGACCCACCGAUACGAAACUAGUGAAAAAUGAAGGAAUUAUUCUAGAGAAGGUGAACGGUCCACGUUCCAGAGGUUAUCUGAGAUUGAACAGUACCAAUGCUGAAGACAAUCCGGUUGUGAGAUUCAAUUAUUUCGAGCACCCGGUAGAUCUGCAGAGGUGUGUGGAAGGAAUAAAGACCGUCCAAAAGGUCAUAAUGUCCCAAUCUAUGAAAAAAUUCAUCUACCCCAACAUGAAUCUGACCCAGAUCAUGAGAUCAAGCUUUCAACAAAGAGUAAACCUGAUUCCUCGGAAAACAGAGGACUGUGAAUCAAUAGAGCAGUACUGUAAGGACACUGUCACAUCAAUUUGGCAUUAUCAUGGAGGAUGUCAGGUGGGUAGUGUUAUUGAUGGAGAUUAUAGACUGAUUGGAGCAGAUGGUGUUCGAAUCAUUGAUGGAUCCACUUUUAAUUUCUCUCCAGGAACUAACCCUCAGGCUACUGUGAUGAUGCUUGGAAGAUACAUGGGAGUGAAGAUUCUGACAGAACGAUUGGACUCAUUGGCAAAAGUAAAUUUGCAGCAUCCCACAUAGCUUUUAUACCAUAUUCACCAUUGAUAUUCUCUUUAUACUGUAGAAGUUGGGUGUGUAUUGCACCACUUAAGGUGGUGCUUUCAUAGCCUUUCAUAGCUUCACCACUCUUACUUUUUGUUCAAUUAUUAAAAUAAAUGGCAAGGAGAAAAACACUCCUUAGUCACCAGCCCAGUUGGUGGAGAUGGUUCUAAGGUUUAUAUUAUUUAAUUAAUAAAAGAUUUUAUUUAUUUAUUA